AUGGCAACUGCUAUCCACUCACCUCGGGAUCCCAACACCCUGAGCAACUAUAAUAAUUGGGUCUCUACCCAUAUAACCGCAAAUUUCGAUAUUCUAUUCGAACAGAAGAAGCUUGUUGGGAAUGUUGUUCAUAAGCUCAAGUCCAUCACCGACGCAAAAUCUACGGAAAUCAUCUUGGAUACGAACCACGUGGAUAUCGGUAAUGUGAAAGUCGACGGCCAAGCUUCUCGCUGGGAGCUCCUCCCCCCACUGGAGCCAUAUGGAGCUGCCUUGAAGAUUAAGCUUGACCAGGGUGUGGGGUUGAACGAGAUGGUCGAGGUUGAUAUCUCGGUUAAGACGACCAAAAAGUGCACUGCCCUCCAGUGGCUGACUCCAGCCCAAACUUCUAAUAGGAAACAUCCAUAUAUGUUUUCUCAAUGCCAGGCUAUCCAUGCACGGUCAAUUUUCCCGUGCCAGGAUACCCCAGAUGUGAAGUCUACUAUUGACUUCAAUAUCACUUCACCUCUUCCUGUGGUUGCCAGUGGAUUGCCUGUUAGAGGCAUUAAAGAAAAAUCCCAAUCAGGUAGUAAAACUCUGUAUCAGUUUCACCAAAAAUUGCCUAUCCCAAGUUAUCUGUUCGCGUUGGCUAGUGGUGAUAUCUCGGAAGCUGCAAUUGGGCCCCGGAGUGUCGUUGCAACCAGUCCCGACAAACUCAAGGAAUGCCAAUGGGAGCUUGAAGCGGACACUGAAAACUUCAUACAUGCAAUUGAGAAAAUCGUCUAUCCGUAUGCCUGGGGCGAGUACAAUGUCCUGAUUCUUCCCCCUAGCUUUCCAUACGGAGGCAUGGAAAACCCAAUAUUCACCUUUGCGACUCCCAGCAUUAUCUCAAAGGAUCGAGAAAAUGUCGAUGUUAUUGCUCACGAACUCGCUCAUAGCUGGAGUGGUAAUCUUGUCACCAAUGCUUCAUGGGAACACUUCUGGCUGAACGAAGGCUGGACUACCUACCUCGAGAGACGUGUCAGUUUACAUGGUGAAGCCUAUCGACAUUUCUCAGCCAUCAUUGGUUGGAAGUCUCUUGCAGAUUCUGUGGAGCAUUUCGGACACGAUCAUCCGUUUACUAAGUUAGUCACUGAUCUUAAAGGGAAGGACCCUGACGAUGCAUUCUCAAGCAUUCCAUACGAAAAAGGAUUCAAUUUCUUAUUUUACUUGGAAAAUCUGAUAGGGAAGGACAAGUUUGACCUAUUCAUUCCUUAUUAUUUUACGAAGUUCAAAGGAAGGUCUCUCGAUUCGUAUGAGUUUAAGGCAACUAUGCUCGAAUUCUUCCAGCAUGAUCUGGAAACCUCCAACCUCUUGCAAAAUGUCGAUUGGGAUGCGUGGUUCUAUGCCCCUGGCUUGCCCCCCAAGCCACAAUUUGACACGUCCCUCGUUGAUGUUGUUUACGGGCUAUCUAGAAAAUGGAAGUCCCUUCCUGACUCAUCCUUUCAGCCUCGGGCAAGUGAUAUUGAGGGGCUGACAGCAAACCAAAUCGUGGUCCUCUUGGAGCAAAUUCUUCUGUUCGAGCAGCCACUUACCCCUGAACUGUCGAGGAUUCUGGGUGAAGUCUACGGUCUCGCCAAGAGUGAAAACAUUGAAGUUGCCAAUCUCUAUUUCCAAGUAGGGUUAAAGGCCGGCGACAAUACCGUGUACCAACCGACGGCAGAUCUAUUAGGCAGAAUAGGUAGGAUGAAAUUUGUGCGACCUCUGUACCGAAACCUGCAAAAGGUUAAUCGCCCUCUUGCGAUCGAAACAUUUGAGAAGAAUAAAGAUUUCUAUCAUCCCAUCUGUCGCGCGAUGGUUGAGAAAGAUCUCUUCGGAAAGAGGGAAGAGUAG